CUAGUGUGGAUAUUCCAAAGUAUAAUUAUGUGGGUGAAGUGUGUCAAAGGAUGAAAAUAAUCUUCGGACUGCGAAAUUUAGGUGCUAAUUCUGGGACGAUUGCCGAGUGAGCGCUAAAAAUGAACCAUACCGAAGUGAGAAACCUCCAGUAAUGAAUAAUACAACACCAGUGAAAAUGGCAAGUGCUGUUUCGAAUAAUGACACAAACGAAAAUAUCAUUAACGAUAACACAGUUCAAGUAGUAUUUUUCAUGGUGUAUACAACAAUAUUUGUGUUAGGAAUAUUUGGAAACGUUUUAGUGUGUUACGUUGUGUUCAGGAACAAGGCCAUGCAGACUGUAACAAAUUUAUUUAUAACAAAUUUGGCGUUGUCCGACAUACUGUUGUGUGUGCUAGCUGUGCCCUUCACACCCUUGUACACGUUUCUAGGAGAAUGGGUGUUCGGUAGGAUAAUAUGUCACCUGGUAUCUUACGCUCAAGGGAUCAGCGUCUAUAUUUCAACGCUUACAUUGACGUCUAUAGCUAUCGACAGAUAUUUUGUUAUAAUCUACCCCUUUCAUCCAAGGAUGAAGUUGUCUACGUGUAUCAUCAUUAUAGUGAUUAUUUGGAUAUUUUCCAUGCUGGUAACAUUGCCCUACGGGGUUUAUAUGAAGCACACCACCGAGAAUACUUCGGAAAUCGCUAUCGAGAAAUAUUUCUGCGAUGAAAAUUGGCCUAGCGAAGAAUGGAGGAGGACAUUUGGGGGGAUCACAACUGCAAUGCAAUUCAUAAUUCCUUUUUUGAUCAUGGCAUUUUGCUACAUCUGCGUAUCGAUUAAGUUGAACGACAGGGCAAGGAGCAAGCCAGGGUCUAAGAAUUCACGCAAAGAAGAAGCCGACAGGGAAAGAAAAAGGAGAACCAACAGAAUGUUAAUAGCAAUGGUUGCGGUGUUCCUCAUCUCAUGGUUACCCUUAAACGCUAUAAACAUAAUUAACGACUUCUAUCAGCAAAUGGAGCACUGGGACUACAAUUACUUGACGUUUUUCUUCACGCACGCUAUAGCCAUGUCAUCGACGUGUUAUAACCCGUUCCUUUACGCUUGGCUAAAUGAAAAUUUCCGGAAAGAAUUUAAACAAGUCCUCCCGUGCUUCGAUGGGCCUACUGGCAGGGUUCCUUCUGCGGGUCGGUUCGAGAACUGGAGGUCCGAGAGGACCUGCAACGGCAACGAAACUCAGCAAGAAUCGCUGUUGCCUUCUUCGGGGAUCCAUCGAGCUGCCUCCAUCAGGGAAAGGAAACUUACCCCGCCGCCCUUAAAAACCGACAGCGUGGAAAUGGAAAAUGUUAUAGUACCUUCUAUUGGAGUUGUGUACGAUUCGGCUUCAGAGAUCGUUAGACUGAAACUUAUUACCGAGGAGGAGCCUCCCCCGUAUGAAGCACCAAGGAAACCAGAUGAAUAAAUACUGUGUCAAUUGAAGAGUUAGUGACAACAUUGAAGAUAUUUCUAAAGGAAUAUACCGUAUUAUUUGUAUAUAUGAUGUGAAUAAAUGUUUUACGGUGCCAAUUUACAGUAAAUGAGAUAUUAAUUAUGGUUGUAAAAAUAAAUAUACUUUAUUAAACACCUUUUGUUGUAUCGAUAAUUUCCUGUCUAUAAUACAUUUUAUGGAUAUUACAUGUACUUGCCAGGUGUGAGAUUUUUUUUUUCAGAUGGUAAUAUGGCAAUAUUUCCUUGUAACGUCAAAUGCGAACAUUAUUUACAUUAUAUACAUUAUCAAAUAAAUAAACAGUAGUAAUCUAUAUUAUGCUAGUAGCAGAAAUAGGCUAAAUCUAUGGUAAUGCCGUGUGCCUCACUAUGCUCACAAUACACAAUACUACUGACUGGCAGAAAAACACGUACCAUACACUCGACCAAGCAAAGCGUCGCAGAUGUAGGUAAAAAUAUGAAUAAGAAGUUUAUAAGAAUUUACGAGGAAUUACCCCAAGGGGAUUUAUUAAGGGCUACUAGGAUAUAUGGAGAUUUAGAGGAGUGUAAUAAGAUUUAAUAAAGGUCUCCAAUAGUAGGAAUUACAGGAUUUCUUUCAAGAAAAGGAUCUAGAUGUACACUUUUAAGCCAACGCGUCCCCAUUCGGGUUUAUCAACGUAAGUAGUCUCGGGGCAAUACGGCCUAUCGAAUAAUAAUUUGGCUCUGUCCCUUACAAUUCUUUACUUUGGGAUGAAUUCUUUAUACUACCAAUAACAUUGUAUAACAUUAUUAGAAAUAACUAGCACAAAAUCAGGGUAAUUUUACAAAACAUUCGAUAUGUGAAAUUUCAAAAAGACAUCUUGUUAGUAAAUACAAAAUUUUUCAUCAAUGGACUUUGAUAAAUAAAGUAGGAAAAAGUAAAAAGGAUAAAGAAAUAUCUGGUCUGCCCGCGAAUCUAGCUUGGGUUAAUUUUACUUAAAAUUCAGUAUGUAAAAUUUCAAAAAGGCAUACGUUAGUAAAUAUAAAAAUUUUCUAUGAACGACUUCAAUAAAUAGAGCAGAAAUAAAUGAAAGGAAUAAAGAAAAGUCUGAUCUGCUCACGAUUCUGACUUGUCAGUUUUGUGAGACAUCCUGUGUGUACAUUUUCAAAAGGUCAGUAUAAGUGCUAUCCAAAAAGUUGGCACCAUAUGGGAAAAAACUAUGUAUAAAUUUAAUAAAUUCUUUCGAUUGUCAAUUGUCUGCAUGUCGUCAAAUCAAAAUAAAGCUCAUCGAACUUCAAAAAACGUUUGUUAUAUACGAGGGGCAGACGAAAGCUGCAAAUCGGCCUAAGAGUAAAG